AUGUCUAUGUCACGCUCAAUGGAGGCAGUUAAUCAGUUUUUUCCGCCAUGGAAGCUGUCGCGAUUACGGAUAACUGUCUUACGUGUCGUUUUCAAGUCACACCUUCCGAGACAAAUUCGUUCAACACUUUGCACGGUGGAUACAUCGUUGGGUCACAUGAAGCAUGUUACCGCCAACUUGAGCAUUGAAUGUUUUAAACCCGGCGCUUGUGAUUCCUGGAUCAAGGUGAAUUCGUGCACUCUUACUUCAAAAACAACUGCUGUACCCGAUCACAACCUAUUUUCGGCCGGUUUGCGUUAUAUGCUUUGGACACUGCGAUGCCAUCUCGCAUGGUGGUGA